GCGCGGGCGGGAGCGCUUUCAGAAGGAGCGAGCCUGCGGCUCCGGAGCCAUGGCCGCGUUCCCCGGUGGUAGCGGCGGCGGCGGCGGCGGCGGGAGCAGCAGCGGAGUCUCGUGGCCCCGUUCCCCGCCUGGCUCGGCACUCGGCUCGGCUCUGGGUUGGGAGCCGCUGCCGGGGCUCCAGAUCCGUUCGCGCUCGGUGGAGCAGACGCUGGUCCCGCUCGUGGCGCAGAUAACCACUCUCAUUAACCACAAAGAUAAACUAAGACGGUCAGACAAGACUUUGAGAACAAUCCAGCAAGUGGGCCAGGCUGUCAACCUGGCUGUUGCGAGAUUUGUACUGGUGGGCGAAGCCAUAGCCAAUGAAAACCAAGAGUUGAAAGAGGAAAUGAAAAUUGCCUGCAUAGAAGCAAAGCAAGCCGGUGAGACAAUUGCCCAGCUUACAGAUGUAGCAGCCUUGGAUCCUCCAGAAGCUGACAGCCAGAUAACCAUUUUUACAGACAAAACAGGAGUGGUAAAGGCUGCAAGGCUCUUGCUUUCUUCAGUGACUAAAGUGUUGGUGUUGGCUGACAGAAUAGUUAUUAAGCAGAUUAUAACAUCUAGAAACAAGGUCCUUGUAACAAUGGAACAGCUGGAAAAAGUGAGUAGUUUUCAAGAGUUUGUGCAAAUAUUCAGUCAGUUUGGAAAUGAAAUGGUGGAAUUUGCUCAUCUAACUGGAGACCGGCAAAAUGAUCUAAAGGAUGAAAAGAAAAAGGCUAAGAUGGCUGCUGCUAGGGCUGUCCUUGAGAAAUGUACCAUGAUGCUUCUCACAGCUUCCAAGACUUGUUUAAGGCAUCCUGACUGUGAAUCUGCACGUGUAAACAAAGCAGCCGUGUUCCACCGAAUGAGAUUAGCUUUGGAGCAAGUAAUAGAGAUUGUAACAGACUGUCGGCCCAGUGGAGAGAAUGAGCCAGGCCCAGUGAGCAUCUAUACUGGCAUUAAGGAAUUCAAGAAUAAAGUGGAAGGUUUGCGGGACAACCUUUUUAUUCUGUCGAAGGAGAACCUUCGAGCAAUGCUCCGUGUUAUCCUUGAGCACACAGAGGAUUUUACAGAUUCUGCAUAUACUAGCCAUGAGAAUAGAGAACACAUACUGGAGCUGUCCAAGCAAGCAAAAAUGGAACUGGAGCAGCUGGUGUCAGCAUGGAUGUAUGCUCAAAACCAGAAAAGAAAGGAUGUCACAGAUGAACUGGAAGUAGCCAUAUUGAAAAUGUGUCAGUGUAUGAAUGAGCUUCAUCGAGAACUUCACAGUACAGCAACAUCUGUUGCAGCAGACCUGAUAAAAUAUCAUUCAGAUCAUCUAAUUUUGAAAGCACUGAAAAUCUCCGGAGCAGAGGGUAACAUAGAAGCUGUAGCAGAACAUAGCUGCAAGCUCUCCGAACAGAAGGAACAGUUGGUUGAAAUAUGUCAUUUACUGAGGCAUGUCUCUGGAACAGAGCCCCUUGAAAUUACUUGUCUUCAUGCAGAAGAUACUUUUCUUGUGACUGGGCCUCAGAUAAUCUCGGCAGCAGAAACCCUGACAUUGCAUCCUUCCAGUAAGAUUGCAAAAGAAAAUUUAGAUGUGUUCUGUGAGGCUUGGGAGUCCCAGCUGAGCGAUAUGUCUCUGCUCUUAAGAGAAAUCAGUGAUGUAUUUGAAGGAAGACGAGGAGAGAAGCGUGUGUACCUGUCACUGCCUAGGCCAGGGAAGCAUAAUGCAAAUUUGAAAACCUUAAAGCCAGCCAGGCUUGAUAAUGAGGAACAAACAAAACUUGGGAUAUUAGGCUUAGAACUUCAUAAACUGACGACACGUGUUGACUCUGAGAUGGAAAAAUGGGAAGAUCCAGAAAAUGAGAUUGUACGACAUGGACAAAGUCUAUCCAGCAUGGCCUAUUCCAUGUACCUGUUUACAAGAGGGGAGGGGCUGCUGAAAACUACCCAGGAUUUAUUUCAGCAAGCAGAGGCCUUUGCUACAGAAGGACUAAAGCUUGCCUCAGCUCUUCUUUCAUUUUCUAACCAGCUAGAAGAUGAUGACAAGCCCUUGCUUCUGCGAGAGAUUGACAGGAUGGUCCCUGCAUGUCAGCAGCUUCAAGUAACAGCUAGAACUCUUGUCCAGGGUAAAACUGCAACUUUUACAAAGGUGGAUACCUGUAUUCACAAAGGGAAGAAUAUUCUGGAUAUACUGGUGCAAGUUCUUCCCCUCAGCUGCAAGUUACUGAGGAAGCAUAAAGCAGGAAAUGGUUAUUUUAGAGCACAUCCUCCUUGGAAAGAAAAUGGUCUACAUGCAGCUCCAAGAGAAAGCAGUGGCUUGGCUGGGAUAACUGACUCAUUUGGGAUCAAAUCCUUGGAACAACAUGUAGCAAACCUCACAGUUUUGGAGAAUAAACACUUCUAAGGCACUUGAAGGGAAUGAAAAGGUUUCCUAACAGGAGCUAUACAUAAAGCCUGUUCUAAUUGCUUUCUUUUGAGGAAGGUGAAACCAGGUUAGAAAGGGCAUCUGUAACCUUUUCACAUCUAAUAGAUGUCAUGGUACUUGGCAGUUAACAAAAGCAACAGUCAACUUUAAUGGCUGCGUAUUUUUUGUUCACACUUAAUACUGCUAUUUUUAAAAAUCGUGUACACUUAUGAAUGUCUUAUUCUUUAAACUCCAAAGAUGCUGCUAUGGAUGCUUAUGCACACAAACUGGGUAGUCCUGGAUAAGCUACAUAGAAAUCUACUGUUUUUUUGUUUAACUUGUUUAACCUAGGACUCUGGUCUGUUACAAGUAGUUACUCUGCAAGGGGCUGCUUUGGGAAAAGGAAUAACAAAAGUUGGACUGGCAACUCAAUUCCCACUUUCUGACAUCAGGUUCUAUUGCCACAGACUCCACUUUAACCACAUGAUUUGGCAAUAGGAAGGGUGUAGUGGGAGAAGAGAAAGGCAGCAUCUCUUUAAAGGGCUAGAUUUGGUCCAUAGAAACUCACACUGCUGUCCUUUCUUAUAGAAGUCUUAGUUACAAGAAAGCUUUAAUGAUGAAGGCCAUCACAAAACCUCAGUUUUAUAAAAUAAGUCUACCACCUUAUUAAGGCUAAAUAUGAAAGAUAAGUAGUGUUAAUCAAACCAGCUGUAAUUACUUGCUUUUGCCUUGCUCCUUUCUAUAUCACACACACUUUAUAUAAUUUCUACAAUGUGAUCUAAGCAUCUACCUGAAAUAAAUCAGCUGUUUGGUAGGAAUAACUUCUUUGUGUGUUGAGGAGUGUUGCCUUACAUGUAACAUUAGAGCAUUAUUAUUUUUUUAGCUAGAACAAAGUUAACUUCAAAAACAGAUUGUAGGUAUUAAAGCCAGUCACUACAAAGAGGGCAUUACUUUUUUUAAGUACAGAUGAAAUAAUUUUGUCAAGCUUUUUUAAAAUGUAUGUUUUCUUGCUGUGUUAACU